CUAAUAUUAUUCAUAACAUUUCUACCAGAACUAUUGAUAAAUUUGUAUCCAUGGAUUUCUUGGAGGAUAUAAACCAUUGGGAAGCGCAAAGAAACGAUCUCUUCAGCUAGAAAAGAUAGUUAAAAAGCGGCGGUCAAUGCACCUUUAACAUGGAAUAUAAAAUUUAAAGUAAGAGUUACGGUAAAACAUUCUGCGGUGUUUUUUGGCUCCUUCAUCACUGACACUAAUCAAGAACUUCUCCACGCAAGAGAUUGGCAGUCGAGAGUGAGAGACACAGAUGAAUUCUACUUUUUAAUCCGCUAUGGCAACAAUUGUAUGAAAAAAAAGUCCAGCUCGGAAUUCAGUAAGCCACUGACAUGUUCAACAACACAAGUGUUUCAACAGAAAAGCUGUCUCAAGGAAAUAUCAACACUGUCAUCAUUGAAGCAGUAGUUGAGCUCGUUCCCAUUGCGCUAUUGAUCACCAUUGCAAAUGGCUUGGUGCUGGUUUUAUUUACAAAGAAUACCAUGCUCCGAACAGCACCAAACUAUGUCCUUUUUAGCCUGGCAGUCUGUGACUUCAUGACAGGGAUCAUCAAUAUUCCCCUCUUCAUAACUGUCGAGUUCACACCAGUUAUUAAGUCUUUUGAGGUUCGAUACUACAUGGCCAUCCUGGUGAGUGUGCUGAACAAUUUGACCGCCAUAUCAUCUUGCUAUCAUAUACUUGUCGCCACAACAGAGAAAUAUCUGUCGAUCAUUCGGCCAGUAAAACAUCGACUGAUUACCAGAAGAACUGUAGCCAAAGUGGUGAAAGUAGUUUGGGUGGUGUCUGUUAUUGUGGCCUUUAGUCCCUUUGCAUGGGUUAUAAUGGAAGAUAGAGAAACCCAAACGAGACUGGCGUUAGCACAUGUGAUUUUUUGCCUUGUUGCCGUUUUCUUGUUGCCGUAUGCAUUCAUGAUAUACGCUUUUAUCGUUAUCUUUAAAUCAAUUUCCAACAAAGGUAAAGCUAAACGAGGUGCCACUUCGGAAAGACCUUUCUUAAGCCGGCAAGCUGCUCUUGAAAAGCGCUGUUUGAUACUGUUCGUUGCAAUGGCGACCAUCUUCCUUCUUUGUUGGUUGCCAUGGUUUAUUUUGAUGAUGCUGUUCAAAGUGAAGAAGGACGUGAACUCCCUUGAAAUCCCAGCUCAUGUAUCUGUGCUGGUAAGAUAUGCUACUUCUAUCAUAAACCCUGUGUUGUAUACUUUCUUCAGAAGAGACUUUAAGACAGCACUACAGUCCUUAUUUUAAGGCAGUAGAUUACAUUGUCUAACUUCCUUAUACCAUAAACCAAAUGGAUCUGAUAUAAAUGAAACAGAAGGAACAGCUGAAGAAGACACUCUGUAACCCUCAACACCCUACCACAGUAGGUAUGCAUAUUCUUCACUGUUCUCUGUACAUUUCCAGAGGCGCUGCGAGGAAAACUCGUUUAACAAUCAAGAACGUAAAUGUUAGGUUUCCCGUGCACAAGGCCUAGUCUCUGCCGAGGUUUUGUCAUUCGACACUAGGUCAAACCUCGGCAGACGUGUCUUUAUCGCUUAAUUGUUAUUUUCGCCUUUUUUUUACGGAUGGAGAUCAUUUAACUUAACUCACAUCGAAGGAAUAGAACACAACGGAAUCAUUACGGUAGUUGAAAUAAUUUUUUAAGGUUUACGGACAACGACACUUGCUGGUUUGUAAGAAUUCCUGAUUCGGUAUUGAAUUCGAACAAAGUGCUGAGCGUAGUUGAUCGCAUCGAAUAAAACGUGGAAUUGAAACUGAAUUGACGGCUGUUAGAAAGAGCUUCCUAGGUCCCAUUUAUAUGAUCUCGGGUAUCCGAGACAACUCUAGGGAGCAUUUAUAUAAAAUGUGACAUCUGCUAACCCUCGUUCGGCCAGGCCAGGUUCGAUAUUCGACAGGGUGGCGCACGACAGAAAAAGAAUUGCUGUAAUAGGCCCGUGCUCUGGUUAUAGCGUGCGCACGCAUUUUCUGUUCGAGUUGUCUCGUCUCGGGUAGGCGAGACAAGGUGUUUACAUGAGAAAAACUUGUCCCUUCUGCCAGGGUUACCCUACCUGCCGAGGUGAGACUACUCGCCUCCCCGAGUUAUCUCGCCUACCCGAGACUAGUUCACAAUUUCAUAUAAACGGGCGGCUGACUUUUGUAAAGAAAUAAGUAAAAAGUUAGCUCGCCCAGGAUAACUCAGGGGAAGAGGUUGUCUCGGAUACCCGAGACCAUAGAAAUGGGGCCUAACUUGUUGAUUAUUUUCUUUUAAAAUUUCGUGACCUUCAUGUUUGUUUCAGGGGCCAGGUGAUAUUUUCAAAAAAUAAGAUCCUCGUCACUCUUAGUUAGGGUCAAAGGGUUUCAGCGGGAGUCAGAGUCGUUAGGACCGCCGCCUCAAAAUAAAUGUCUUGAAUUCUUGAAUAACUCAGUAAUUUCUUUAAACGACGUACAUUUUCUAAUCAAUCUUUUAUGUUGAAGUUUUGGAUAGACUCACGUUUUCGAAAGUUAUUUCGCCUUUCAAAAGGUGAUGAACGCCAAGGUGACACUUUCCACUGACCUACGAUGGAUUGAUAUGCAUAUAAAUAAAAUAAACCGAUAAAUUAAAGGUGCACCUCACCCUUUCUUGUCUUGUGCUGUACAAGGUUAUAUCAAACGUUAAUAGUAAAACUAAUUGGUCGAUCUCAAUAGGGCGAAGUUUACUUCAGUUAGCUUUUGACUUCUCUCUGUAACAAAAUUUGGAAAAUUUGUUUCCUCUGAAGAAUGUGGUUCCUUUUU